ACCUUGGCUGGGUGCAAAGUUCACUGUCACGUUGACAGUGGAAGGAUUAAGAGCUUAUGGGUGUGUGUUUUUGAGAGGAUCUGUUUUCCCUCUAAUAUCGAAACUGAAGGGUCCUUGGGACGUUUGUGGUAGGGAGCAGUUUGGAUCCGCCUGUUACAACCCCUCUGCUAAGAAAUCCCCGCUAAGAGCAGCUGCUGCAAUCCACACAAUUGGCUCAAGGGAUGGUCUCCACGAGCUGGCUGAGACUAAUCAAGCUACUCGGAUCAGAAAGAAGAUAGCAGGCAUCUGUAUGAUCUAAUCAGGAAGUGUAACAAUCUAGUCAAGAAACCAAAACACCAAACGAUCAACAGAAUGGCAGAAAACGGAGACCAGGAUCCUCAUCGGACCUACCCGGCCCAAGAAUUGAUGAGAAGAAAGGAGGAGAGGACUCCCCAGGUCCAAGAAGGUGAAAAUGUAUUGAGGACCCACCAAGAAAAGAUGAUUGAAGAUUCUGGUUCUGUCCAACUGAAAACCUCCCCAGAAAUAGAAACACUAGGUCCCCAAGAGACAAACAGUGUGUCUGGAAGCCCCUCCGCAGUAAAUGAAGAGGAUUCCUCAGAGGGAAGGCCAGUGAGUUCUGAUGGAAUUUCUCUGAAAACAAACACUGAGGUGUCUCCAGGCCUUCUGAACCUUAACACAAUGAGUAUACCAGACUAUUCCCUGGACAAAGACAUGGUAUUUUCCUUAGGUAAAAGGAAAACAUAUUCAGUGCCAGUUGCUCUGGAGGAGAAAAUCAUAGGGGAACCCCCAACCGAAGAGGAGAACAGUGUACCCACCCCCAGAGGAGAGCCACAAGAUCCCAUAAUCCAAGAAACCACAAUUCCAUCUGCAGACUUCCUGGAACCAACGAAAGAGAGUAUCUCAAACAAGGAAGGAGAGAGACCCCAAGACACAGCAAGGAAGAGACACUCAACUGAAGCGGUGAAGUCAGAGGCUGAAGCCCAUCCACAAGAGACAGAGACCAGGCAGGAAGCAACGCCAGAGAAGGAGAAGUCCUUUUUAGGCAAUGGUUUUGCCUCUCCUGCAGCUUCACUGGGAGUCCUGGUAGUUGUGGUUUGUUUCAGCAUAUAUUGCAAUGGCUACUAUACUUCCCAGCCCCACCAUGUGCCAGAAAAUCCAGCCUUGGAGGCCUUCUUGUCUGGGUUUAACCAGCUGAAGGACAGCUUUCCGGGCCAGAGCUCUUACCUGUGGGUUAGAGGGCGAAAAUUAUUGCAGAGGCAUCUCAACACUUCCAGUCAUAGCGAGCCAGCUAUUUUAAUCUUUACUGCUGCCCGUGAAGGUGAAGAAACCUUAAAGUGCCUGAGCAACCGUAUUGCAGAUGCCUACUCCACCUCACUCCGUGCCAGUACGAUCCAGAUUGACGGAGCUGGUAAAGCCACGCUCAGCAGCGACAAAGCUAAACUGGAGGUAGAUCAUGAGCUGAGCACCGGCUUUGAGGAGGGCAAGAGGGCUGCAGUGGUGCACCGGUUCGAGUCGCUACCGGCUGGCUCCACCUUGAUCUUUUACAAGUACUGCGACCAUGAGAGCGCGGCCUUCAAAGACGUGGCGCUGCUCUUAACGGUCCUGCUGGAGGAAGAGAAGCUGGAGGCUAAUAUAGACCUACAGCAGGUCGAGGAGAGAGUCCGUGAUUUCCUCUGGGCCAAAUUCACCAAUGCCAACACUCCCCGCUCCUACAACCACAUGGACACCGACAAGCUGAGUGGGUUGUGGAGCCGCAUCUCCCACCUGGUCCUGCCCAUCCAUCCAGUAAAAGCCAUAGAAAACAAUGGCUGUUCUUUCCAAACCAAACCAUAGCGGUGAAUGAAAUCAGCUUCCAGGACAACUAAAGCCUUUGUGUAGAGGAGGCAAGUUAUUACUAAGCCAGGGAUCUGGAGCCAUUAAUGAACAAUGAGCUCACUUUAUAAUAGCAUGACACUGUCACAUCUAUUUUUACCUCUUGGAAAGAUUUUAUAAUUUUCAAAGUGAGACCCAAUAGAGCAGGCGUUGACUGGCUAAGCCGUCUCAGCCAAUCAUGUUGGAUAUACACUAGAAUGAUGCUUCCCAUUUGUGGAUUGAUAGAUGGGAAGAGCUAGUUCUUUAAACUGCUAACUGCACAGCUAGAAGAUUAUGGCCAAUGGAGAGAAUAGACAGGGAGGGGAGUGGUUACUGAAGGGACAAUAUCACCUUGAAAAGCAGAUUUAUCCUGGAAAAGCUUGGACCUAUUAUAGAUACAUGUAACACAGGAGGUUACUAUAACUGACAGAAGCAACUGGGUUGAAAUAUUUAUCUUCUCC